UACAAAUGACCGAGAAGUCGAUAUCAGUUAGGGUUAUUUGGUUAAUAAUCUCCAUUUCAUAGGAACAGCAAGCAGUAACCACACUGUAUAUUCAAAGCAGCAUAGCUCACAAUCACAGAAGGUCUUUGUUUUUGGCCUACAGUGUAUAUACUCAUCAUCUCCAACAAUAAAACACAACCAGGAUAUGAAUCGUGCUCAGUGUAUCUCACACAGCCCAGCGUGUCAGAGCUGGUAUAUCUUGGCUGUUGUGUCGCUCAGUUAUUCCGAUUAGAGUAAUCCUGAGGAUGGAGCCAGACUUGCUAAUGGAAAUGCAGUAUCCGUACUGGCACAUCUCCCGCAUUGCGCCAAGCGUCAUCAUGGCCUUCUGCUUCCUACUGGGCAUCCCUGGAAACCUGGCAGUGGUGGUGGUGGUGGUAAGAAAUAUGGAGCGUGGGAACUUUACUCUGCGUCUGAUGCUGAACUUGGCUUUUUGUGACCUGCUGGUCUUGCUCUGCCUGCCUCUUGUCAUCUAUAACCUGCAGACGAACUGGGAACUGGGCCCCGAACUUUGCAAGACACUCUUCCUCCUACUACAUGGUGGUCUGAACGCCAGCGUGCUGACCAUCACCCUACUGAGCGUGCAGCGCUACAUCCAAGUACUGUACCCUCAGAACUGGGCACGGCUGGGUCGCCUUGGGGAGGAGGCCCUGCUGUUAUUCUUGUGGGGGCUUGCAGGACUCAUAGCCUUCCCCUCCAUCUUUGUGAAAAAAGUCAGUACCUCGGGCCACCUUGGUUCCUGCGCCUCAUGCUACCCAAGCAAGGAUGUGGAGAUGAGCGUGCUGCUGUUCCAGACCGUGGUGGGCUUCCUGAUGCCCUGCUGCAUCCUGGGAACCUCCUACUUCUUCCUCCAUCGCAGGGUGAGUCUGGCCUCCCAGUUGCGACAGCAGCGCCUCACCAAGCUAGUCAGCAGCAUCAUGGUGUCCUUCUUCUCCUGCUGGGCUCCUCUGCACCUGUUCAACUUGCUGGCGGUGGUCAAUGUGGUCUUGGAGAACAAGGAGUUGGAACGGGUGUGUGAGAUUGCCUGGGACUUCCUCAUCGCCUGCUCCACAUUCAACAGCUGCCUGAAUCCUUUCCUCUAUGCCUUUGCUUCCUCUGGCUUCCGCAGGGACCAUCCUCAGCCCACCAGCACAUAG